CCCUUCAUCCUUCCCCCCAUUCCUCCACCCUCCCUGCUCCCUGGCCGUAGCAAGCAGCAGUGAAGACGAGGUAUUUUUGAAGCCGUGGCAUUAAUGAUCUCAUCUCAGCAUCCUACAGAGGAUCUUAUGACCAACACCGGAAUAAAGUAAAAUAAACGAAGGUACGUUGAAUGUAUUUAUUUGUUAGGAUUGAUACGAAAUAUUUAUUCCCGAAACUCUUAUCAAAUGUUAGUCUGGUGAGGCGGGGUGAGGGGGCUAGCUAGCUAUGUUAGCUACACAUUUAGCUAGGUAGCUAAACCAUUUUGUAAAGCAGAAGUAUUACACGCCAGUUUGGGAGAGUUGAGAAAUUAUGUAGUUGGAACAAAUGAAGUUUUGUAAUUUGAAAACUGUGUCACAAUUUAUCCCCAUUUUAUCUCGAUGAGUAGGAAUUGGCUAGCUAGCUUGUUAUUUCAAAAUGGCCUCAUCUCCAUUGUCGCCCCAGCUUCCCUUUUGCUCGAGCUAGACAAAGCAUGCGGUGCAGCUACCAGAGAAGGCCACUAGCGAUUGCAAUGGGUGCAAUGUAAAUAACUGAUUUAAUUUUGUAAAUUUAUUUUUUAUUAACCUAUUAUGAAUUGCAGGAUGCACCCUCGCACUGUUGGGUAGUCAGAUAAUUUCUCCAUUCAAAUAACCAUAAGCGGUCGUGGAAAUAUCGACGUCAGUACUGUGGGGGAGGGGAGCCAAUUCCUAGGUGGAGCCAUAGACGAGGAGGAGGAUCUCUGGUGGAGCUGUUGCUCUUUGAAGUUUAGUGGUGUAAACUGAGACAUAACACAGGGUACUUGCAACAAGCACAGCCUACAGGAUUGAGGUUCCCUCCUUACAUGUGGCACUGACAGACUAAUUGAUUGGAGUAAUCAGCAAAAGACAACCUAAAAGUGUUGUAUGUUGUCUUGACCUAUGUUUUGUUUUUAUAGCCACAUUAACCUAUUUGAUCCUUUUUUUCCAUGGAUAUCGGCCUAACAGAUUUGUAUUGAACAGUCCUUUUUAGGUUUGCAGUGUUUUAUAAGGAGCAAUAAGGCCCCAUCCUCGCACCAGUAACUCAUUCUUGUCACAUCAUAAUGAUUGCAUCUCUUUUUCCUUGUUUUCAGAUAUCCAAUCAGCUAGACUUCCUUAGUAGAAACCCGUUGUUUGUGGGGAUUGGUGAAUUAACAUGAACACAGUGUUGUUGUUACUUGUGUAGUAUUUUGCUUCUUAGUUAGAAAUUAUCCUUUGUUUUUGACAGGCUUCAUUCACUAAGGUAAAAAAGAAACAGAGAGAGUACAUUCAUAUGUCUGCCUCACAUUUUAAUUUUUAAUAGGGUACCUGGCAACGCCCCUCAUGAAUUGGACUAGAACAUUUGCAGCUAUGCAAAUACCAUUUGGGUUCUAGCAACUUGGAACACACAAACAUUUGCUGAAGUUUGCAGUUUUCUUGUACUUCAGAGGUUUGUGUCAAAAACCUACUGUUCAUACAUUUUAUCUGUGGUCUGAUGCGGGUCCAUUUGCAGUGUUCAGUUGUUGCAGUUAAAAUAAUCUUACAUUUCAUUAAGGGCGCCAGUCCAAUUGUGUGACAGAGUAUUUCAUCAUAGUUUAUUUAUGGCUAAUGACAUUAGAAGCACUUUACCACCAUCUAGUAAAAGCAAUAGUUAGGUGGUGGGCCAUAAAGUCUGCAUUCAAGUUAGGUUCAUUAACACAGUACUCUCCUGGUUACUUCCAAUGGUAAAAAUAUACAGUAAAUGCAAGUGUCACCUUGUGAUAGCAUUUGUUGCUCCAGUGGUAAGAUGUCCACUAGGGUAGGACCAAACCUAAAUGUUCUCCCCUGGCCAGACUGAUUGAUUGUGUCCCUGUGAUGUCCACAGUGUACCCCUACAGCUCUAGAAUAGAUACAAGACAUUGCUAAUUAGAAACGUUGCGUAAGUUGCUAUAAUCAACUGUGUGCUUUUUUGCUAUCAGCAAGUAUAGUGUUAAAAUAAUCUAUACUGAACAAAAAUAUAAAUGCAACAUAUAACGUGUUGGUCGGUCCCAUUUUUCAUGAGCUGUAAUAAAAGAUCCCCGAAAUGUUCCAUAUGCACAAAAAGCUUAUUUAUCUCCAAUUUUGGGCACAAAUUUGUUUACAUCCCUGUUAGUGAGAAUUUUUCGUGACAGGUGUGUCAUAUCAAGAAGCUGAUUAAACAGCAUGGUCAUUACACAGGUGCGCCUUGUGCUGGGGACAAUAAAUGGCCACUCUAAAAUGUGCAGUUUUGUCACACAACACAAUGCCACAGAUGUCUCCGAUUUUGAGGGAGCGUGCAAUUGGCAUUCUGAAUGCAGUCAUGUCCACCAGAGCUGUUGCCAGAGAAUUGAAUGUUUAUUUCUCUACCAUAAGCCGCCUCAAAUGUUGUUUUAGAGAAUUUGGCAGUACGCCCACCCGCAGACCACGUGUAACCACGCCAGCCCAGGACCUCCACAUCCGGCUGCGGGAUCGUCUGAGACCAGCCACCCGGACAGCUGAUAAAACAGGAGAAUUUCUGUCUGUAAUAAAGCCCUUUUUUGGUGAAAAACUCAUUCUGAUUGGCUGCAAGGCUGCACCCCUGCCCAGUCAUGUGAAAUCCGUAGAUUAGGGACAAAUUCAUUUUUUCUAUUGACUGAUUUCAUUAUUUGAACUGUAACUCAGAUUUUUUUUUGCAUGUUGCGUUUAUAUUUUUAUUCAGUAUAUUAACUACAAAUGUUUUGAAACUAUGUCUCUUGUCUGUUUUAGUUUUCUUUAUUGCAUUACUUACCUCCUGUUUUUAUAUCCUUUGUUGCUUCGUGGAUGGUUGAUCAUGUAGCAGAGUAGUAACGCCAAUCAAUGCCCUACCCAGAGCUCUCUCUGAGGGGACACAUACCCUUACAGAAGUUCCUUUGUUUUAGUCUUAUGGGAAAUGUAGUCACACCAGGCUCAUGUCCUGUGUUCUCUCCCUACUCUGCUCUUCCCGGCUUGUUUGUCCCUUGGAGCCAGCAGCCGACCCUGUUGUUUUGAGGCAAGUCUUCUGAUAUCUUCUCAUUCAGGCAGAGAUACAGCAUCGGGAAGGUUAAUGUUAACUUUUCCUCCUUUCCCUGUAAUGACAUUCUAGCAGUUCUAGUUUUCGGAGCAUGGUGUGUGCAUAUUUCAAACAUAAUAUCACAUUAAACCUGUGUGGUUUCAUUUGACUUUUCUCACCCAGUAUGUGUCCUGUUCUCUUUUGUACUACCGGAGUGAAGUUGUUAACUCACUUUUGCCCAUAAUUAGGAGAUGUCUGACGACAGGUGGCAGUGGGGUGGGAUGGUGUGUGUACAUGAGCUGAUUGUGUUUUUUUGAGAAAAGUCUGACCUGUCCUGACUUUGACCGCAGUGAUGGCAGGUGGUUGGUAACAUGCUGUAUUUUCGGUGGUUCAGUGGGUCUGUUAAAAGUGUGGUUGUUCCGCCCAGCAGGAGCCUUGCUUCAGACUGGCCUAAAAUGGGCAGAAAGGGUGCAGAACAAAAGCUGCUUGUUGCUUGUACAAAAGUACUGAAGCGCUGCAGCCGGGACCAAGCUGCUAUGCUAAUGCCUGUGCCUCUCAACAGGAAAGAGAGCCAAAAUGUUCCCGAAGGGCACGAAGCGCAAGUUUUCGGACUCCGGGGAUGAACCUGCGGCGGGUGGUGAGGAUGUAAACCAACCAAGUUCGGUGGCCGUAAGGAUGCUGUCAUCCUACAGCCUGCAGCGGCAGUCCCUGCUGGACAUGUCCCUAAUCAAGCUGCAGCUGUGCCACAUGCUGGUGGAGCCCAACCUGUGCCGUUCAGUGCUGAUUGCCAACACGGUGAGGCAGAUCCAGGAGGAGAUGACCCAGGACGGCACCUGGCAGAUCAUGACCCAGGCCCUGAGUGCUGCCAACGCUGCUGCCCAGUGCUCUGCAGACCGCCUGGUGGCCACCGAGGUGCUGUGUCGGCAGACCGAGGCAACCCAGGGGGAGCAGGUACUCAAGCCCUUCCCAGCGGUGGGGUCAGAGGGUUGCCUUGCAGAGGAGGAGGAGGUGGUAGUGGAGGGCGAGGGGGGGGUGACCAUGUCCACGGUUUCCCCCCAAGCCCCAACCUCCUACCUGCCAGGCACCUUUGGCAUGGACCCCUGCUGGGAAGAGGAGAAUGGUGAAGAUGAGGAGGAAGAUGAGGACAGUGAGGAGUGUGGGUCUGGUUCGGAGGAGGGAGACAGUGACAGGCUUGUGGAUGACUCCAGGACAGCAGAGCAGGUCUUUGGCACGUUCGAGAUCAAAAACCCUGCGCCCAGCCCCGACCCUGCCCUGGAGGAACUGUUUUCAGAUGUGGAUGCGUCCUAUUACGACCUUGACACGGUGCUGACAGGCAUGCAGAGUGCGCCUAAGAUGGGGCCCUACGACCUCCUGGAGAGCCUGUCUUCCCAUGGGCCCUCAACCCUCAGCUCCAGCACCAGCUGCCGAUCAGACCUCAAUGAACUGGACCAUAUCAUGGAGAUCAUAGUGGGCUCUUGAGAAACAACACAUUCCCAUUCAUACAGACUUGGUAGACUCUUUACAGACAAUGCACAUGGUGCGUACAUGGAUAUGGUGUUAUUAUUAUACAUUCAGAUGUUGAGGGUUUAUGAAAUCAAUAACUUAUUCAGUGUUACCACAUGCAGGUGUGAAUCUGUUAGUGGGCAGAGAUUACAGCAUAUACCAUUAUGAUUUUUCUUAUUUACAUACUUUUCUAUGUUUCCUUUUAUCAUACAAUCUAUUUUUCCAAUUUUAAUUUAUUAUGUAUGGACUGAAGAACAAUGUCAUUACACUACACCAGAAUAGAGACCGGAACAUCCAAACCUUUGAAGCAAUGUAUAUUUUCCUAAAGACUAAAACAAAUAUUAGUGAAAUAGAUGUAUAUUGUACGUAUAUAUGUAUAUUGAAAUAUAUUUUUUGCAACAUACAGUUUGGGAAAUGUAUCAGUAUGACUACAUCUAAUCCCCCCUCCUAUUUUUAAUCUGACAGAGAUUUUGAAAUGUUAAUGUAGCCCGAUUCGACCAGUCUUCCUAUGGUUUGGUAUCAAGUAAUUAAGUCUCAAGACAGGGACUGUCCUGCUAUUUCAGGCACCCCCCCCCCCCCCCCCCCCUGCUUGAUUUGAAUCCAUCUCUUACGACCUAGAUUAGAUUUGUUCAAGUAUUAACAGAAACUCUUGCUGGAUAUCAGCAUUAAGAAGCCAUAUUUUCUGAUAUUUGUGUUAUUACAAAUUAAGAAUUAUGGGUUGACCCAUUAAGUUAUUACUUUAAUUUAUUUAAUUUAUUUAAUAGACUGAAUUGUGUAGACCCAUGAGAUAUAUUUCAUAUCACAAGGGUCUACCCAACCCCCCCCCCCCCCCCCCCCUUUUUUUUUUCUCCAAAAGAACUAUGGGCCUGGGUUUACUAUUCACUAUGCAGUUCAUUUCUUAAAUGAUAUUUUGUACAGAAUUCAUCCAUAGAAAUGUCAAAAUGUUUUUUUGUCCCCCCCCCCCCCCAUUUUUUGGGAUGUACAAGCAACUGCCAUUCUAAAGAUUUUUCAAAAUGUCUUAUCAUGAUUAAGAGAUUACUCAGGCAAACCGUAUCAGUUAAAUCUGACAGUAUUACUCCGGUCAUUACUACCACAACACUCUUCUCUGAAUGAUGUCACUCUGCUUCAAACAGGAGCUAGAAUUUCAACAAUUGUUAAGUAUAUGCAUUUUUAUAUUAAUAAAAAAAAUGUAGCAUCUUUGUAAAUAUUUUUUAUAAUAAAAGGUGCAAAGGUAA